GCCAGGCUGAGCAUCCAAACAGCAGCAGACUGUCAGACUGAACGCAGGGUAACGACGCAGACGGAUCGCACCACUUAGCCGGAGCUGAGUUUGAAACGCUAUAGCCUUCGGGAACUCGGAAAAGGAAAGAUGACUCUUGCAGCGUACAGAGAGAAGAUGAAAGAGCUCCCUCUAGUGUCUUUCUUCUGCUCCUGCAUCCUACCCGAACCUCGAGAAAAGCCCACCAAGAAAACACAAGAUGUGGUGGACCUCAACCUGGGAAUCAUUAAAGACAUGGAGGUCAUUGAGCUAAACAAGCGAUCAUCAGGCCAGGCCUUUGAGGUCAUCCUGAGACCACCAUCCUUCGAUGGACUGAGGGAAUUUAUUCCGACCUUCCCACCCCGCAGGGACCCGUCAUUGGAAGAGAUCCAGAAGAAACUGGAUGCAGCCGAGGAGAGAAGAAAGUGUCAAGAAGCGGAGCUGCUUAAACAUCUGGCCGAGAAGAGAGAACAUGAACGAGAGGUGGCCCUGAAAGCCAUUGAAGAACACAACAACUUCAUCAAGAUGGCCAAAGAAAAACUAGAGCAAAGGAUGGAGAUAAACAAGGAGAACAGGGAGGCCCACAUCGCUGCUAUGCUGGACCGUCUUCAGGAGAAGGACAAGCAUGCUGAGGAGGUGAGGAAAAACAAAGAACAUUUGGAUUUCGACUGGCAGUAGAAAACAAGACCACUUCCUGUCUUAAUUUGUAAAGGAAAUGCAAAAAUACUGAGGCUUUAAAGAGUCCUGCUGUGGUUUAGCAUAUCAUAAGCUAAUCGUUACAAGGCCAAAGCAACAGUGAAUCGCACAUUUGUUGCCGUCUAGAAUGCUUUGUGUAUUAUGAAUGUGGGCGUCACUCACAACUGAAAACUAAAGAAAGUCAUUUGUUUUGUUUGCCGUCAGACUGUGUUUGGGAAAAAACGCAUACAGAAGUUCAGAUCAUAGCGAGUCACUUCUGUGCAAGCCAUCACUGAGCCUUUAGUCUUUAGCCUAUUGUAGUUCUGCAUGUAGUGAUGUAGUAAAAGCAAGAUGAGACACAUUGAAGCUUGAGUAACUAAGAUUUGCAUUUGUGGAUUAGAUGUUUGUACUUUCUUGUGUAGUUUUAGAGGUGAUGUGUACUUAGCACAAUAGUUUUGCUUUGUAUUUAUGUGUCAUACUGUUUUGUCCCUUGUUUUUCUAGAAAGGAAAAUGAGUCGAAUUUGUCAGUUAACUGAAAGCUACUUUACAUUAAAUGCUAGUGUGUAUUGUGUGGCCAUAACCAAACCAAAUUUUUUUAUGCUUGCAUGCUGUGACGUAAUCGAUAAAACACGUGAAAAGCCA